GUCUCUGAAACUCCUUGUCUCAACCAUGGUGGCCAGGAAGAAGCAUUACAGGCCUGCCGGCAAGAAAAAGGAAGGAAACGCCGCCAGGUUCGUCACCAGGUCCCAAGCCGUAAAGCAACUCCAAGUCAAUCUCCCCCUCUUCAGGAAACUAUGCAUUCUGAAGGGGAUAUUCCCUCGGGAGCCGAAGAAGAAGGUGAAGGGAAAUCACCAUACUUACUAUCACUUGAAGGAUGUUUCCUUCAUUCAGCAUGACCCGCUGGUCCAGCAGAUGAGGGACAUCAGGGCAUAUGGAAAGAAAGUAAAGAAAGCCGAGGCCAAGAAGAACAAGGACCGCGCUGUUAUUCUUAAGCAGAGAAGACCCACUUACAAAUUAGAUCAUGUCAUUUUGCAGAGGUAUCCGACGUUCAUCGAUGCGCUAAGAGAUUUGGAUGACUGUCUCACAAUGGUUCACCUCUUUGCGUGCUUACCUGCUAUAGAGGAUAGAAUUGAAGUGAAACGCAUCCAAAACUGUCGGAGGAUGAGCCAUGAAUGGCAAGCUUUUAUAUCCCGGACUCAUAAAUUGCGCAAAGUCUUUGUAUCUGUUAAAGGCAUAUAUUAUCAGGCCGAGGUAAAGGGGCAAUUGAUUACAUGGUUGACUCCUCACCCUUUGCAGCAAGUUUUGACUGAAGAUAUUGACUUCAAUAUCAUGUUAAACUUUUUGGAGUUUUACGAGGCUCUUCUUGCUUUUGUGAAUUGUCAUUUAUAUCGUUCCAUAAAUGUGAAGUAUCCACCAAUUCUUGAUCCUCGAUUGGAAGCGUUUGCAGCUGAACUAUAUGCACUAUCAAGAUACUUCGAUGCAAGUUCUCUGUCCUCUGAGUUGGAUCCUCAGGUUUCAAGUUUGCCUGGAACUGGUAAAGUUGCUGAGUCUGAAUUAAGACUUGCCCAACUUCAGCAUCAGCUACCUUCCAAUGAACCUGGUGCAUUGAUGGGCCUGGUUGAAAAUGUUCCUGGAGAGGACGAAGAGGAUAAUGAUACAAUGGUGUGUAAGGGACUCUUCAAGGAUAUGAAAUUUUUCUUGAACCGUGAGGUUAACAGAGAAUCAUUACUGUUUGUGAUUCCUGCAUUUGGUGGGAUUGUGUCCUGGAAAGGUGAUGGCGCUCCAUUUGAAGAAGAUGAUAACGGCGUCACCCAUCAGAUUGUUGACAGGCCAUUGCAGCAUGAGCUAUGUGAAGGAAGAAAAUAUGUUCAACCACAGUGGGUUUAUGAUUGUGUAAAUGCCAAGAAAAUUCUUCCUACUCGGGAUUAUUUGGCGGGACGAGAACUUCCCCCACAUUUGUCACCUUUUGUCGACCCGAAAGAAGAAGGUUAUGUUCCGGACUAUGCAUUGAAAAUUGAACAAUGGAAGGCUGCUGAAAUCCUCCCGCUUCCAGAUGUCGGAAAAGAAGAUUUGGAAGAUCCUCAGGAUAUUGCCGACAUUGAGAAAGCAAAAGAAGCUGCAAAGAAUGAGAAGAAGCUGAAGGCUCUUCAGGAGAAGUACUUCGAGGGAUUAAAAGAAGAAAUUAAGGGUGUCCCUGCUUCAUCCUCCAUUUCAAAAACAGAUAAUCAGAUUUCUGCCAAGUCAACUGAGGACAGGGAAGAAUCGGAUCCUGAUUAUGAACAAAUUGCCAGGGAUAAUGAUGAACGUCAUCUAAAACUUAUGACCAAGAAAAAGAGGGGUCUUUAUGAUGCCAUGAAGAAAGGCAAGGAACGAAAGCAGGAGAACGUUGAGGUUAUCAAAAAACGGAAGAGAAACCUAAAAGCAUCCCAAAAAACAAGGGAUGGUUGAUGAGACCAUUAUUUGAAUGUAAGAUUUCCAUUGUGUAUUGAGCUCAAAUUAUGGUGUAGAAGUGGCCAAGAAAACUUUCUUGUUUUAUUUUAUUAUUGAUUUGUUGUUUUCUGUAUGCUGGUUUAGAGGCCACAAGACACGACAAGUUGAGGUCUAACAGAAACUCUAAUUUUGUAUCUUCCAUAGUGUAGAUUUUGAGUUCAGGAAGCUGAACUCCCAAAGUUUAAUCUUUAUUUCAUACAAUCUGCUUAUAUCAUCUUUUUCAGUUCCUUUC